AUGACAUACAAGAGCAACUACCAAUUCUAUACUCGUGACGGUCCGGGAAGUCCACGUUCUCCACGUUCUCCUCCACCACCUGAAGAACUUCUUUCCCCCUUGGCAAAUCUAUACCCGCACGUUACAGCCAUGCAGCAACAAUACGACACGUCCGGCUGUGCCUUUACUGGGUACAGCAACACCGGCUACUUUGCCGCAGCCUAUACCACCCACCCGCUGAAUGAACCUCAAUCUCCGUACUUGGUUCGACGAGGCACUGAGUGCCGAUCAACUCGAUUGGUCUCCAAGAUCCGGCGGCUCCUCUCUCGGGAGGAUUUCAAAAACCGCCGGGGCUCUGCAUAA